CAAAAAGGAAGAGGAGGCUCGCAGCCUUCUCGUUUCUUGACGACCCCUUUCACUCCGAUUUCCCCUCUCUCUCUCUCUCUGGCUGACGCACUCACGCACACUGUCUCACCCAAUUUGGGACACAUUAUCCAUUUCUCUGUUGCGCCUCUCAAUAAUUUCCACAAUAGAAACCACUCUCUCUCUCUCUCUCUCUCUCUCUCUCUCUGUGCAAACCGUUGUUGGGUUUGGAACCACUCAUGGCUGUGAAAUGAAGACAGGUUGCAGGUGACCAAAAUUAUGUCUUUGCAGUUCUCGGGACGUUGAUUCUGGGGAUUCCUCAGGAUGAGACGGAGCUCUAGUAAGGGGAAGAAAAAAGUAGGAGCAGAGAAGGAAAUUUUGUGGGCUACGACCUCACACAGCUCCUUGGAGUUGGGACUAAACUGAAGCCGAGGAAGGAUUUUCCUAGAUUGGUUCAGUUUUAGGGUCAGUGCUGCUUGGAGCUACCUAACAGAGGGAGGGGAGAAUUGCCUUGUGGAUUUGAAGCUCAGGAGUUGAGGAGUUUGGAGGAGAAAUCUUGGGAGAAGCAGGACGAUCCUGCAGCUUCUUUGAUGGAUUCGUCAUCAAAUGGAUCGUUAAAGCGGGCUCGACCUCCUGGUUUUGGUAGCCAAGUUGCUUCUUGCUUGGUUGAUGGAUGUGAUUCGGACCUCAGUAAGUGCAGAGACUAUCAUCGCCGGCACAAAGUAUGCGAGCUACACUCAAAAACGCCUAAGGUUAUCAUUAGGGGUCAGGAACAACGGUUCUGCCAGCAGUGCAGCAGGUUUCAUUCAUUAGCAGAGUUCGAUGAUGUGAAGCGAAGCUGCAGAAAACGUCUUGAUGGUCACAACAGGCGUCGGAGGAAGCCUCAGCCCGACCCCUUGUCCCUGACUGCUGGCCGGUUCCUCCCCAGUCACCAAGGUGCCAGAUUUUCACCUUUCAGUGGUCCGCAGAUGUUUCCAGCUAGUGCUUUGGCAAGCUGCUCUUGGCCUGGAGUUGUCAAAGUGGAGGAUGACACCACUUCUUACAAUACACCUCAGCUCGUUAACUUCAAUGACCGAAAUCUCUCGUUCCCCGGAUCAAUUUCAUCUCACUGCAAAGGGCAAAUACAAUUUCCCUUCUUGCAAGGAAACAGUGCCGCACUCCUCGGAGCAUCGAUAUGUAAGCCUGUCCUCGACCCCAAUUCCGCUACCGGAACUGGUGGUAAUGGUAACAAUGCUAAAUCCUUCUCCAGUGGCUUAAACAGAGUUUUCGCCUCCGAGCGUGCUCUCUCUCUUCUGUCAUCACCUCCAGCCGAGACUUCCGAGAAGGGUUUGAGCCGCAUGAUGCAGCUCGUCCCAUCCACCUCUGCUCAAUCAUUGACCACCGACUUGCGCUACAGUAGAUUAGGACCUGGCAAGCCUGCGAGUCCUGGUUUGGACUCUGAGAGCACUGGCAAUGGCGAACUCCAUUACCAUGGGAUAUUCCAAUCUGAGCACGCUGGACUAUCCGCAAAUGGACCGCACCAGACUCCCUCGUUCUCUUGGGAGUAGUUUCUUCCCCUUUUACUAGAAUAAUCCGGUGGAGUUUCUUGACGAUAUAAUAACGUAGUGCCGUUCCAGACCUUGAAGUUUUAGAAGGAACAUCAAAUGUUCUUGUAUAUAGAAUUUGAACCCCGAUAAUCCAGGGGUUCUAUUCGCUCCCAUCGUUAGCUCCUCUUGGACAGUGUACUCUCUACUGCUUUCGUAUGUACGAGGUAUCUAACUUGGACA